CUUAUAGGCAGAAGAGUUCUAUUUCCGUUUCCCAUAAUUCUACAUCCGGUACAGGAACACCCGGUUUUGUUCAGAUCCUUUUUUUUUCCUUAAACGUGUUUUCUUCUAAUUUCACAUAUUCCGAUCUACACAUUGAAUAAUUAUGGAUUUGCAACACCGACCUGGUGGUAAGACUGGUUCUGGAGGGUUGGCAUCUGCUUCAGAAACCAACCUCGACCGGCGAGAGCGAAUGCGACAGUUGGCCUUGGAGACCAUUAAUUUAAAUAAGGACCCUUAUUUUAUGAAAAAUCAUUUGGGAUCUUAUGAAUGUAAAUUAUGUUUGACAUUACACAACAAUGAGGGUAGCUACUUGGCCCAUACUCAAGGGAAAAAGCACCAGGCCAAUUUGGCUCGACGUGCAGCAAAGGAGGCGAAGGAUGCCCCAGCACAACCAGCGCCAGAGAAAGCCAAAGUAGAAAUCAAAAAAUUUGUCAAGAUUGGUCGACCGGGUUACAAAGUCACAAAACAGAGAGACCCAGAGACAAUGCAACAGAGUUUAUUGUUUCAGAUUGAUUAUCCAGAGAUAGCAGAUAUAAUCAUUCCACGUCACAGAUUUAUGGCUGCCUAUGAACAGAAAGUGGAACCCCCAGACAGAAAAUGGCAGUAUUUACUGUUUGCAGCUGAACCUUAUGAAACUAUUGCCUUUAAGGUGCCUAGUCGGGAAGUUGAUAAAGAUCCUAAAAAGCUGUGGACCUACUGGAACAAAGAAACCAAACAGUUCUUUUUGCAGUUUGCUUUCAAACUGGAUCAGAAAUUGAACCAGCCAACGCUUCCGCCGCCACCAACCAACCAACCGAGGAGUCUACCGUUACCACAGCGCAUGCCCCCACCACCCCCACCAGUGGUGCCACCUAUGUCCUUGGCAGGGAUGAUGCCACCACGCCCUCCCCCGCCGAUGGGGCCACCUCCUGUAGCACCACCCCCAAUUCCCCCUCCUUCCUCUCUUCCACCCCAUGGACCACCCCCCUCUGCUCCUCUACCCACUGCCCCUCCCCCACCACGUCCCCCCACCGGUCCGUCUUCCUCCGUUCCAAACAUCCCACAUCCCUCUGUGCCACCCCCACCUCCACCCCCUCCAAUGCCGAAUUGAUCAUCUCCAUUUUAGUUUUAUCUUUUCUUUUUAUUUUACAAAAAGAAAGAAUUUAUUUCCUUCAUUUCCUUCGUUUGGGACUGGAAAACUAAAAACACAAAUAAACCCCAAAAAA